CUUACAGCUUUUCAAUGGUUAAUGUCACACCUUGUUUACAUCAUGAAUUUAGCAAUUUAUUUUCAUAUUGUAUUUUAUUAACCAUUUAGUCUUUAUCUUCAUGGAUCAUACUCAGACUUUAAUUUUGUCAAUUCCAAAGUUGGUAAUCAAAUCUAUCUAAAUUUUACUAAGGAUAAAAAGAGUGUUCGGUGUACUUGUCUGAUCUUCAAAUUUCAAAAUGCCUGCAACGAACUAUAACAAAUUAAAAACCAAUCUAAGGCUAGCCAUUCAGAGGCUGAAAAUGAUGGAGAAGAAGAAAACGGAAAAUGCGCAAAAAUGCAGACGGGAAAUUGCUGCUUAUAUUGCGUCAAAUAAAGUUGAAAGAGCCAAGAUUCGUGUUGAAGCCAUCAUAAGAGAGGACUAUUUAGUAGAGGCUUUGGAAAUUGUCGAGAUGUACUGUGAUUUACUAUUAACUCGUUUUGGGUUAAUCGAACAAAUGAAAACCUUGGAUGAUGGACUUGCUGAGGCUAUCAGUUCAAUAAUUUGGGUUGCUCCUAGGAUUGCUGAUAUAUCGGAGCUUAAAAUUAUUGUUGAUCUAUUAACUCAAAAGUACGGUAAGCAGUAUGUGAUGGCAGUAAGGGAGGGAGCUAUCAAAACAGUUAACGAAAAUUUAAAGAAGAAAAUGAAUAUUGAAGAGUUACCUAAAAUUAUGGUUGAACGUUACAUGAUAGAGAUUGCAAAGGAUCAGAAUGUGAAUUAUGUCCCGGACCCAGAAGUUAUGAAGACCGAUGAAAUUUAUUUAGCUGAAGAAGCAAUUGCUAAUAAAAGACCUGGCUUUUUAAUUGAUUUUGAUCCCAAUCUUGGUCCACCACCUCUUCCUUUGGCUAACCCUAGUGUACCUUACACUGGACCACCAAUAGGUUUCAAUUAUAAUUAUAAUCCUAAUCCUUCUGGACCUCCAGUUUCUGAUAUGCCACCAGAAAAGUUCCCUGACUAUGGUUACGGUAAAGGAGCUGUCGGAGGAAACACUGCACCUUAUUUUCCACCACCAGAUCCUUCCAAGUCCCCUUAUGCUCCUCCACAUAACUUCCCUGAAAAUAUGCCUCCCCAUGAAGUUCCAAAUUAUGACCCUCCAAAUUAUCAUAGCAUGUUUCCUGAUAACAAAACAUUAAAUAAUCAACCCACGGCCAACAAAUCAAUUCCUCCUGCUCCUGCUCCACGUAAAUCGAAAAUGCCUACGGACGUUGAUGACUUUGAAUUGCCUGAUUUGCCUGAUAUACCUGAUUCACUACCUGAUCUUGAUGGAGAUGACAAAAACGAUCCACCUAAUGACGAUAACAUCGAUUUUGAUGAUCUUGCGGCAAGAUUUGAAGCGCUCAAGAAGAAAAAAUGAUCUAUUUUCUCCUUUUCAAAUUAAAAUCAUUUUUGAUUUUAUAUUUAUAUAUUCCAUUUCACCUCAUAUCUGAACAAAUUUUCAUUAGACUCAAAUAAAAUCAUUCACAGCAAAAUCAA